AUUCUAUUGAAGUAGAUCCAAAGGGAAAGUGCUUUUCUCAGAAGAAAGGUUCACUGACUUAUGAUGUUUUCGUGGCAGCGCCGACAGUCAUUGAAACAGGCGGCAUACUCGAAACAGGUCGGUCAUUUGUAAAACCUACCCGGAAGUAAACAGGUCACACAGGCAAGGAUAGUCUGUGUCGUUAUUUACAAGCUGACUUCUUGACGUGGUAUACACAUCCCGCGCAGGUGUGGAGUGUGUAGCAGUUUCUACCUGAGGAUGACCGGUCACCGUCUCCAGCAGACAUGACAGACUGGGAACAAUAUUUUUCUGAUGCUAUUGCAAGGGCAACAUCAACAGGAGAUAAGGAAGAUUUACUACACAUACUGACUGACUGCAUCAACCCAUACGACGUGGUUACUUACUUGACGGACAACCCCAACGCCUUCCAUGAGCUCUGCAAGGUCACCUUCCUGGACGUGCUCAACUGUCUGGUAGAAUAUGGGGUGGAUGUCGACUUGGAGUGGGCUGGGUUCACCCCGCUGCAAGUGGCAGCAGCUUCAGGGGAUGUCGAAGUGGUCGCGUUCCUCCUCUCCAAGGAUGCCAAUUUGUCCAGGGACGUAUGGCAGGAGGCAUCUCCAUUCUACCUGGCGUCUCUAUAUGGACACUACAAGACAGUUGUCCAGCUCACAGAUGCCUUUCCAUCUUAUGUGAAGGACACAGAAAGCAGGAGCAGUUUGUUUUAUGCCGCUUGCAAGGGAGGUAAUCUGUCCAUUGUCCAGUUCUGGUAUCUGCCAGGUAUGGACCUCAACAACCCAGUCCAACUGAUAUCAUCUUUUGAGAACUGUGAGAAUAUGGUGCCACUUUUUGCAGCCUGUCAAGGUAACCACAUGGAUGUCGCCGAGUUCCUCAUAGAUAGUCAAGCCAUCAUCUCAGAAAAUAUCUGUCAGUGUUUUCCAAAGAUGACUGCAGAGCUCAUGAGUAGAUGUUUCAAAGAAGGGAAAGAUCAGACAUUUUCCGCUUCAAUGAGUCACCAACACCUGGGCAGGGUCCACCCACUAUGGUUUGAACCUCACCUCACACAACUGACUGAAGUGGACCUGUCAGAUAACAGACUAAAGGCCUUACCCUGUGAAAUUCCAUGGAGUAUGCCUAACAUAAGGGUGCUGAAUGUUUGUAAGAACAGACUCAAAGACUUUACUGGACCCGACUCAGAUGAUGGCAUAUGUUGGAACCUGGAAACUGUGUACCUGUCCAAUAAUGAACUGGAGGAAGUGUGUGUGGAACUGUUCUGUAUUGGCACUCUGAAAUACCUUGACUUGUCAAAGAACAGACUUGAGUACCUCAUCAAACCAACCCAUGUUCAACCAGAGCUUCAUUGGUCCAGGAAGCACAAACCAUCAUCCCCUGUAGAGUCAGAAGGACCAGAGGCAAAUUUUGGCCUCCCAUGCCUAACCCAGCUGGACAUAUCUCACAACAUGUUGAAGAAAAUUCCAGAUGAACUUCGCUUGAGCAGUGCUUUGACAAACCUCGAUGCCAGUGACAAUGAGCUGUAUGCCUUCAUCUCAGCAUGGAGCUGCCCACUGCACUACCUGAACCUAAGUGACAACUGCCUGGAGCGUUUCCCGGUCAGUGUGGAGGAGUUCUGGAGCGGAUCUCUUGUCACCCUGGACCUCCAAAACAAUAACCUUGAGGAACUUGGAGAGAGCAUUGUUAAACUUAGUGAGUUGCGGAGCUUAGAUGUGUCCAACAACAGGAUUGACCACCUGCCUGACCCGUCCGUGUGGGACUGUCGUUACCUGGAAACCCUCAACUUGGCUAACAACUACCUGGGGACUGCGUACACUCCGGAUGAAAUGAACAAGAAUGCUGUCACAUCACCAAAGACACUGAAGAACUACCUUCGGGGCUGGAGUGGCAUUGAUCAGCCAACUUCCAAACAAGUUGUGUUUCCAGAAAUCCUGUCCUUUAAUCUCAAGUACCUGAUUUUGAGAAACAAUAACCUCAUCCAGGCUCCUGUCAGUGUCAGUCAACUGCAGAACCUUAUGAAGCUGGACCUAAGCCAAAACCCAAUGAUGAAGACUCUCCCACUGGAGUUAGGUCUGUUGAAGCAGUGUCAAGAUUUGUUGUUGGCUGGAAACAAGAUCACCGAUCCGUCCAUACCACCAGAACUUCUCACUGACAAAAAGACAACAGAACUUAUUGACUAUCUGAGGCAACUCCUGAGAAAAAGUGAACCUAACAACCGACUGAAACUAGUUGUUCUUGGACCCCAGGACAAAGGGAAGACAACUCUGCUGAGCCUUCUCCAGGGUACAGCUGGACAGCAGCAUGGAGACAAGAUAAACACAACUGAGUGGAAACUGACAGCCAAGGGAGUCUACCAGAUGUUGCUGCCAUCAAGUAAACCAGACAUCAAGUUCAAUGUGUGGGAGUUACCAGGCAACCCUGACCUAACCAUCAUCCAUCAGUGCUUCCUCACCCAGAAUGCUUUGUACUUGCUGGUAUUUGACUUGCGGAAAGACUAUCAGCAUCUGCAGGAAUGGCUCUGUCAGAUUCAGGCUAAUGCACACAAAGCUACUGUCCUCUUGGUUGGUACUUUCUAUGACAAACUUGACCCUGUGACCAGAAACAUAAAAGUUACGGAUCUUGCUAAAAAAAUAUGCAGUACAUUCUCCAGGACUGCAGUAAAAGAACACUAUCCUCUUCUCAGGGAAUUCAAAAUAGUGUCCUGUGCUACCAAGGAAGGUGUGGAUGAACUCAAGAAAAUAAUCUAUGAGACAGGUGUUAAUAUGGCCCAUGCACGGCGAAGUCAUGAGUGCUUAAUUGGAAUGAAGAUUCCACAGUCCUAUCGCUUGUUAGUGGACUUGGUCAGAAAGAAGAGGAAGGAGCUGGAGAAGAUGAAGAUGCCUCCAUAUCUCACAGAAGAAGGUUUUCAGAGUCUGCUGGAUGAACUGCCUUACAAUGACAUCCUGGUGUUGGAUGACACAAGUAAUGCUUUGAAGUACCUGUUGGAGGUUGGAGCUCUGCUUCACUUCAAUGAGCAGCUGCAAGGCCUAAACUUCUUGUACUUCCUUGAUCCAGUCUGGCUGCAGGAACUCCUAGCACUAAUUGCCAUUGAUACAAAAAGAAUAUCAACAACUGCCAAGAUUCCAGUAACACAGCUGUAUCAGCGGUUCAAGGAGAAGAUGUUUCCUGAUGAUCUGUUUCUUCAAUAUGUUCAGCUGCUGAAGCGGUCAGAGAUUGUGGUUGAAACAGAUGAUGGCAAAAACUUGCUGGUUCCAUACAAACUACCCAAGGAGAAGCCAAUGAUGACAGCAGACAUCAGCCAGAGUGAUGGCUGUAAGAAGAUCUACCGCCUGUACAAGCUGACGUACAUUCCUCCCAGACUAUGGAGCAGAUUCAUUAUUCGCUUGCUGAAAGCUACUGAGAGAUUCUCUCAGACUCCUUGGUUUCUGAACACACAGAAGGCAGCAGAAACGUCCAAGAGGCUGUCCAGUGAACUAAAGCAUAGAAGCAGUAGUCGAGGUUUUGUUAUCAAGAACAAGGACAUCACCUACUGGAGAGAAGGGAUCCGGGUGGCAUCACCAGAAGCUGGCUACUUCCUGAUUGAGUCGGUCAACUACCGGAAACCACCCCCAGAAGACCUCGGAGUUGGCAUCCUCAUCACCAUUGUGGCCCCUAGCAGCCGCGGUCUGUCAGCAAUGGGUAUCAUCGUGGAUGAGUUGGAUGAUAUACUGAGGGACUAUUUCCCAGGUUUUCAAGAUUUCUUGGAUGAACUUCCCAGUGUGUUUACAGUCUGCCCACACUGUUAUGACCCAGUGAAGGAUGAUGCUGGCAUUGUGGUCAGCAUGACCCAUUUUGAUAUCCAGACAUGUGCUCUGACUACUCUCAAUCAAGGUGAAAUUAUCUGUCCUCGAGGAAAAAGAGUUCAAUUGGAGGAUCUUGUCCCUGAGAUGUUCUUGAAGGAACUACCAAAGAAAUUCUUCCUGGAUAAUUCCCUGAUGAACAUAAGUGAUAAGUCCCUGGGAACUGGUGCAGCAGGGGCUGUGUUUCGGGGCCGGUAUAAGGACACUGAUGUUGCAAUCAAGAUGUUCCACUGUUCCAUUGCUGCAAAGAGCCCACAGAGUAGUCUAGACAGUGGCUCUGCCAGCAUGUCCACACAAGGGAGCCAGGAUGCUGGCAUCUAUGGAAAUGUUGCACAGGAGAGGAGUUCAGUAGAAGAAGCAAAUAGUUUGAAGGCAUACAAGGCUUUUUCUGAGUUCCGGAAAGAAGUUGCAGUUUUGAGCAAGCUUCAACAUCCAUGCAUCGUGUCGUUUUUAGGCCUGUCCUUACAGCCUUACUUGUACAUCACUAUGGAACUUGCUCAGCUUGGCUCCCUCAGAAAUGUCCUUGACAUGGAGGUAGCAAAGCUACACUUCAACAAGUUCCAAGACAAAAACAAAACAUACUCUUCAAUUUUUAGUAAGGAUAUCACAUACAAGAUCAUCUAUCAGGUGGCCAAAGGCCUGGAGUAUCUCCAUCAGCACAGCAUCACCUACCGGGACCUGAAAUCUGACAAUGUACUGAUCUGUUCUCUUGAUGUUGCUGACACACACAAUGUCAAACUAUCUGACUAUGGCAUCUCCAAGUUUGCCACAUCACAAGGACUCAGCGGGUUUGUGGGCACACCAGGGUACAUGGCACCGGAAAUCAUGAACAAACAAAUAUAUACUGAGAAGGUUGACAUCUUCUCCUUCUCCAUGGUCAUGUACGAAAUAUUGAGUGGACGACUUCCCUAUGACGAGUGCGUCAACCUUUCACAGAUCAUACAUGCAGUUAUCAAGGACAGGAAGAGGCCAGACAUAAAAAAUUUCAACAUUGUGUCCCAUUUCCCUUACCUGGAGUAUCUGAUGUCUGAAUGCUGGAACCAUGACGCCAGCCAGCGGCCAUCAGCAAGGGAGAUCACUGCGUUCAUGCGGCAGCAUCAGUUUGUGGGGCAGUGUGACCAUCUCACACAGGCCGGACCUGGUGCCAAGUUCAGAGAUGUCACCUGCACAGCAGUCACCUCAGAGACCCGCUCUGCUGACACAAAGACCAAACUGUGGGUAUGGGAGGCGGCAGGAGAGGAACAAGUUCGGUGCUACUCUAUCUUCAAUCUGGACACAUCCAGUUUCCAUGUAGCCCGCAAGGAGUGCCCAGGAGCUGAUGUCCGCUGCAUGAUUAAAGCUGGGAGGUCAAUGUUUGUUGGAACUGAGGCAUCUGUGAUAGAACUGUUUGGUUGUGGGAGCAUCGGUGUUCCAAAGUGUCAGGAAAAAUUCUCACUUGCUGCUAUACCAACAUCAAUGAUCUUUCACAAAAUGAGUGAUAAUGGAGAGGAGAGUAUAGGUCACGUCUUUGUGGGACUUGACAAUGGAUCUGUUGUCAUCUACUCACAUCAGCCCAACAUGAGGAAAGCCAGCAAGACAUGGAGACUAGUGAAGACUUUAACACUAUCAGUUGACCAGUCAGUAUGUAGUAUGACUUUGGUCAACCAGGGCAGAGAACUGUGGGUAGCUUGUGGACACAUGGUGGUGAUUGUUAGCACCCAGACACUUCUCAAAGAGGAAGAGAUUGACAUAAAGCAAGAGUGUAUGGCAAAUAAACUAGCAAAGCAUCCUGUUAUUCAGCAACUAGUUUCUAAUGAAAACCAGGUCUGGUGCUCUUUCAGAAAGUCCUCAAAGAUUCUUGAGUAUGAUGCGGAACUGAGACAGCUGUUGUUUUGUCUGGAUGUGAGGAACAGUGAUGUCAAGUAUAAACACUUUGCCAGUUCCACAGACAGUGAAAGUGACACAGAGUCUGAUUUGGGCUCUGAUGAUGAUGAAUUUCAUGACACUAACUUGGCAGCAAAAUCGUCCAAUUUAAGUACUUCCUGUCCAUCAGCAUCUUUGGUCGACUUGAGACCAGCUGCCCCAACGCCAGGUGCAAGUGAACUAACAAGGCCUAGCCAGAAUGUGUAUGAUGAAGUGGAUCUAGAACAGCCUGUCACAACUAAGCAUAGAUCCUUUGAGCCACAUGACUAUAUAACAUUGAUACCUGACAGCCAUGUAGUGGAUGAAGCCAGUGAUGAUGAUGACACCAACUUGUAUGAAUACAUUGAGUCACCAGGAGUAGUAACUGACAAAUCAAGGAUUCUCUCCUCUGCAACACCUAGAAAAGUGACACCAUCAAAGUCACCUAAUGUACCACCCAGGCACUCAGCAUUGCCUAACUCUGAUUUAGGUAAUAAGCCACUCAGUGAUUCAGUUCCAGUUAGGCCACCCAGGAAUAAGAAAACAACUACUUUGAUAAAAGCAGAUCCACCUCAGAGCAGUGAGACAGAUCCUCCCCCUCGUCCCCGCGGACCACGUUCGGUGUCAAUGCUAGCAGGGGAGACUUCACCUCCCCCCAGACCACCCAGACUAUCCAGAUCAUUACAGGAGACCGUGCCACCUGUGCCACCACCAAGGAAAUCUAUAUCCACUGAGCACAUCAACAACAAAGCCAGUGACAAAGGUGAGGGAUCUAAGUGUAAUAAGGAUAUGUCAGGUCACGACAACCCACCGCCAGUUCCACCACGCAGACUGACUCUGAUAGUGCCCUGUCCACCUGAUAUACCAACAAGAUCAGCAUCUAGAUCCCCACGACAAUCACACAAGCUGGACCCACAUUCAAAUGUAUCAUCUGCCAUGCCCCCAACUAUACCACCAAGAAGCCCAACUGCUAAGAAAACAGGUGCUUCUUCUCCCUGCCUUCAACAUCAUGACAUUGGGCAUGGUGAAGUUUCACCCAGUUUAUCCACUAAAUACAACACAAUACCAGCAAACUUUAAGUCCCGGAAACCACCUGUGACACUUGUAUCAUCCAUGCAGGUUGGUCAUGAUACACUAUGGGUGGGAACAAGCAAUGGCAAGAUAUUUAUUAUUGGUAUCAAUGAAAACCUACCUAAUAACCGAAGACCCAAGCUGUCAGUACUUGAGAAUGCAUCAACCCCAAGGCUGGAGGAAGGACAGAUUAAAAGAGGACCUGUAUAUAUGAUGACAACAGCAGGUAAUAUGGUUGUGUCCAGUGUUCGGGUGAAUCCCAAGCGAGAGUCUCUGCAAACUGUGCUGACUGUGUGGGAGACAAUGGGAAGAAAAAGGCUGGAUGAUAUCACCAAUUUUUGGAAAAGCAUCUCCAACGAGGAGAGGGAGUUGACACAGAAAGACAGUCUUGCUUCGUAGGUGCCUCCUGUUUCACAGAAGAUAGGCUAAGUUAUGAUACUAAUUUUUGUCCCCGCUAUUGGGUCUGCUUUUAGAUGCCAAGAACACUUUUGUAGCAUUAAUGGUAAGAGAUGGGUUCAUAACUUGAUAUGUUUCAGGGCAGUAGUGAACGAUGUUGCCCAUAUUUAGUUUGUACACAUCUUUCAUAAGGGUAGGAUGUAUUGGAUAUGGAGCGAAGUCAGUAUUAAUAUCAAUAUCAUGGCAAAUUGUCACUCACCAACCAGCAUUGAGACCUGUGUUAAAGUUUUACAGAUAUGUGAGUAUUAUCAGGUUUUGUCAUAAUCCUCUUGUUUACCUAUCAUUAACUGUACUUGAUGUGUCCCUGCCCAUACCAAGUUUAUAGUUUAUAGUAGUUCUCAUGAUGAUAUGGUUGCCUUGAUAGCCAUGAUCAGUGUGUACAAUUCAGUCAUAUACAUGUAGAUACAGUGGAAGCCCUCUAAACCGGCAUUCGUUAGGACCGGCGAAAAGUGCCGGUAUAGAUGGCGUGCUGGUUUAGAGAACUUUUCUGUGUGCCGUAAAACUUGUUGACAUUUAAUUCUGAAGCAAACUGAAUAGAUUUCUCUUUCAAAAUAGGGCCAGAAAUGGGCAUGUGUUUACAGCGGGCAAUCAAAAAACAAUCAUGCGUCAGUGUGUUAAUUUUGUCAAAUUUACUGUUUUCAUUCACACGUUGUUGUUUUUUUUAUUGAUGUUUUGUUUGAAUUUAGUUUCAUACACUUGACGCUUUUUCAAAAUGUCUGAAACUGUUUGCCUGCCAAUUUGGUUCUUAAGUGCAAGAUCUUUUUGAGUAGGCUGAGGAAUUGCAUCAAAAUCUUUUAUCAGUGAGCGACUGAUAAAUUGUGACCCGACAAUUAAUUUAUAAUACAAGUGACACGUGUCACUCACCAAUUUACCUCGCCUACUUAGGCUUUUAUAGUCCUUAUCCAUACUCCUUUUAUCAGGCAACAUCAAUGAGCUUAAUGCUGAUGGUAAUCCACUGUGUUGUCAAUACAUGUUCAGCCAAUCAGCCAAUCAACAGGAGAGCCGAGAUACUGGAUGCCGAUUUAGAGAGCAUUAAUUGCUGUCCAAACAGUCAAUUGGGCGGUCUUUAUUGUGCCGAAAUACGGAAUAGACUGAAGCCGGACUAGAGGGCGUGUAAAUUAUCAUAAAUGAACUAGCUUCCUCCAGGACCAAAUUCUCGUGCUGAUAUUGAGUGCAUGCCAGAUUGGAGGGCUGCCGGUUUAGAGGGCUUCCACUGUUUAUGUUGUAGUUCAGUUACAGUACAGGGUCCCGAUCCACAAAGCAUUCUUAACAUUGCAACCUGUUGUAACUCUAUUAUUUUUCGUAGGCUUAUGAAUGUCAUAGCACUGCAAACGUGUUGUGUAUCGGGACCCUUGUACAUACAUUUUCUUUCAUAUGAAAGCAUGUCACAGAGACAAACCAAGAAUGCCAGACUUAGUUAAUACUGCUGAAACAUGCAAUGUACUGGUAACAUGUAAACCCUUCACAUGUCACAAUAGUGACAGGUAGCAUUUUCAAGUCAUUGCAAGCCUUACAUCACACAAGAAGUGGUUUUUCUGAUGUACCAUUGCUAAAUCUAUUUUGUCAUCACGGAGAAUUCCGCUGCAUAUGCAUUAUAAUUUCUUGGAUAUCUUUUCCCAUAUAUGCUGCUCUUGUCCUGUUGUGACAGCUUGGCAGGCAUUGCUUUGUGAUGAGCCAGAUAUGAUGGCGCCACAGAUGAGGUUGUCAUCAGAACUGGGACAGUUGUUAUUGUUUGGAUCAGUUGUAUGUUAUGAUCUCCAUGAUGGUUACAUUUUCUUACAUUUAUCAUUUAUAAUGUGAAAUAUAUUGGAAGAAUCCCUCCCCAGUACCAAAGUUAAUAAUCUAUCCUCGGGCGAUUAUUGUCAUGUCAGCAGGUUCUGUUUCCUGUGAUGCUGUUGGGUUAGUUGAGGACGUAUAGUACCUGGACCCUAGCUACUCUAAGGUGACAUUGUUCUGGUGUGUCUGGAAUAUAUCAUCAAUAUUAUAACAAACAACACAAAACAUUACUUUAUAUAUUUUAUUGAGUCAAACCAAGUUUGUAGCAUAAUGAGGGACAUGAUUUUUCUGUGUGUUAAUCGCACAACCCCAUGGGUUCUGUUUCAGCACUUGUGUUGAUCUAUAUAUUUCUCAAAUGAUUUUACCAUUCCAUAUAUAUCUAUGCAUGUAGCCAUAUACAUGUUGAAAUAUAAUGAGGGUAUUUUGUGUAUUAACAGAAGUACAAAGUUUGUUUUCCAUAUUUUGGUAGCCAUGUUUGAUCUUUGUACUUACAUUCCUGUUUUAACUCUAGUGAUACUGAUUAUAUGGACAUUAAUAUGUCUGUGAUAUGUAACGGCAUGAUGACAGGGUUCCUGGUUUUAGACAAAGUCUUGAGGAUGGAGUGCAGGGAAAAUGUUGCCAUGUUAUGAGUAUAUGUAAUUUUGUAAAAUUGUCAUGAUGUGAGUGAUGCUUUACUUGAUGUAGACAAUUAUGUUCCAACCCAGUGUUAUAAUAUAUGCUAUGGGACAGACUCUGUCAAGGGGAAGGUGAUUGACAAGUAUGGGAGGGGAGGUCUGUAUGUGAGAGACUAGGACAGACCCUGUCUAGGGGAAGGUGAUUGAGAGGUAUGGGAGGGGAGGUCUGUAUGCGAGAGACUAGGACAGACUCUGUGUUGGGGAAGGUGCUUGAGAGGUAUGGGAGGGGAGGUCUGUAUGCAAGAGACUAGGACAGACCCUGUCAUGGGGAAGGUGAUUGAGAGGUAUGGCAGGGGAGGUCUGUAUGUGAGAGACUAGGACAGACCCUAUCAUGGGGAAGGUGAUUGAGAGGUAUGGCAGGGGAGGUCUGUAUGUGAGAGACUAGGACAGACCCUGUC